AUGGUCGUCGAUUUGCCCGGCCUGUACGAUUAUUACGCGACGCCCGCCAUCCAAGCGGGCCUAUCCGCCGAUCAGACCUACUUUACGUUGAACAAUUUGAACAUCACCUUGUACGGAGGAUCCUUCCACUACUUCAGAGUGCCCAGGGCCUACUGGAGGGACAGGUUGAGGAAAAUGCGAGCAGCAGGUUUGAACGCCGUCUCCACGUACGUCCCAUGGAACCUGCACGAACCCGAACAAGGUAAGAUGGCGGAGGGUAAGUACGACUUCGGCACGGGCGGCAGCGACUUCGAGGAUUUCCUGCACUUGGACGAGUUCCUGAGGACCGUGCGCGAGGAGGACAUGUUCGCGCUGAUCCGGCCCGGACCUUACAUCAAUUCCGAGUUCGAAUUCGGCGGCCUGCCCAGCUGGAUCAGCAACAAAGUGCGCAGGAUCCGCAGCAGCGCCGAUCGGUACUACCUCGCCUUCGUCGCGGCCUUCUUCAACGUGUUGAUGCCUCUUCUGGCCACCCAUCAAUUCCAGCGAGGCGGUCCGAUCAUAGCCUUCCAGAUCGAGAACGAAUUCGGUAGCAAGCACGUCCAGGACACGGCCUACUUGUCCCAAUUGAAAGACCUGAUGACCAAGCACGGGAUCUCGGAGCUGUUCUACACCAGCGACCCGCCGCGGAACGGGCGGUACGGGGCGGUACCGGGCGUACUGCAGGCGGUCAACUUCAACGGGGACCCCAAGGAGAUGUUCGACCAGCUGAACGCCCUCCAGCGGGGCAAGCCCGAUCUGUGCAUGGAGUCCUACACGGGGUGGUUCGACCAUUGGGGCGAGGGACACCGGCACAAAAGUCCCAGUCAGUACCAGGCGCAGCUCGAGAAGAUUCUCGACUAUCCCGGAUCGGUCAACAUGUACAUGUUCGUAGGUAGUACCAAUUACGGUUUCACCAACGGCGCUACUUUGAUACCUACUGCGAACAAUUCGGCGCUCAAACCGAUCACGACCAGCUACGAUUACGACUCGCCGUUGAGCGAAUACGGUACCAAAACCGUCAAGUACGACCUGAUUAAGGAAACGAUAGCUAAACAUAACCUCAUCCAGACUAGGUUGCCGGAAUUUCCGCCCGAUACGCCUCUAAUGGCCUAUCCCGAUUUGCGACCGGCGGGCCAAUUGCCUCUAACCCAAGCCAUCAGACAAGUGGGUCGAUCGAUAAAGAGCGAAACUAUCCAGACCAUGGAGGAAACGGGCCAGAAUUGGGGCUACAUAGUCUACAGGAAAACCGGUCUGGAUCUGCAGAAGAACUCCCUGCUGAAGCUGCCCGAUUACGUCAGAGACACGGUACUGGUGCUUUUGAACGGAGAAUUAAUCUCGCCGGUGCCGACUCGCCUCGACGAUUUGAACGGGUUCGGUUUUUGGAGGCUCUAUGAACCUACGUUAGAGCUCAACGCCCGCCCCAUCCAGAACGCCACGUUGGAAAUAGUUGUGGAAAACGCCGGCAGAAACACCCUGGGGGUGUACAUGUUCAAAGGCCUCAAAGGCGACGUUACCAUCAAUAAUGCGAAGGUACUCGACUGGGAAAUAGUACCGUUGGAGUUCAAGAGAUCCUACAACGUAGGUUUGAAAGGGUGGAUAGAGCCGGAGGCGGCGGGGGCGGCCGCCUUGCACAGGUUCCCGUUGGACAUCGAGGGAGCUCCGAGCGAUACGUUCCUGGAUAUGAGAGGCUGGACCAAAGGGGUGGUACUGGUCAACGGGUUCGUCUUGGGCCGGUACUUCUUCGUCGGGCCCCAAAUGACCUUGUACUUGGCGGCGCCGUUUUUGCGCACCGGACGAAACGAGAUUGUCGUUUUUGAACAUUACAAGUCGCCGGGAGAGUUGAAGUUUGUCGAUCAACCCGUUUGGCAAGUGUCCAAUUGACCAAACUGGCCAACUGUCAAACUGUCUAACUGUCUAACUGUCUAACUCUCAAACUCUCAAACUCUCAAACUCUCAAACUCUCAAACUCUCAAACUCUC